UCAAUCAAUUCAAGAAUGCAGAGAAGCAAUCUUUCCUCUCCUAUUUGGGAUAAUAAUAAUAACCAGCUGCCCCCUGUCACCCCCUCUGGCCAGGAGAAGACACCGCCGCCACCACCUGCUGCGCCACUUGCACCCCAAGACCUUUGGGCAUCCUCCCCCAGCCAUGCCAGGAGCAAAGUGGAGAAGGAAGAGGGGCCCCCGCCGUUGGUGACCUCUCCCGUGGCCUCUUUGGGGGGCCCGGCCAACUCAGGGGUUUCGGCGACCCACAGCCACCCCACGCCGAGUGGUGGGGGGCGGAAGCAGGACCUGCGGCUGCCCAAGAGGAGACCCCCAGGGAGACGCUACCAGUGCUCUGGGGACGGCUGCCGCCUGGCCUGCCGCAGCAUGAAGGAGCUGCUGGAUCACAUUCGGGUUCAUUAUCGGCCCACACAGUCGGUGGAGGGGAAGAUUUUCCGCUGUUCCUCCCCGGGCUGCUUGGAAUCGUUCCCCAACAUGCAAGUUCUCAUGGAACACAUAAAGGUGCACUACAAGCCCAACCGCUACUUCAAGUGCGAGAACUGCAUGACGCGUUUCCGGACGUACCGGUCCCUCUUCAAGCACCUCCACAGUUGCUCCUCCGCCAGAACCGCCGCCGGUGCAGCCGCCGCCGCCGACACCCCACCCCUGCCGCCGGAGAAGCCCCUCCCGGAAAAGGAGCCCCCCGGGAAGCUGCUGGAGGUCCUCCCCAAACUGCAGACGGUCAUCCAGCAGCUCAGGAAGGAAGCCAUCCUCCCCGGCGAGAUGGAGGCGCCGGUGGCGGCCCCCGACCCGCUCCCUGCCGGCCCCCUGGGGCCCUUGCCUGCCCUGCCCCCGGGGUCCCACGCAUUCCCUCUGCUGGAGCCCUCCCUCUUCGGACCCCCGCCGCCCCUGGCCAGGUUUCCAGGGCCGGCUCCCCACACGCUCCCGGGACCCUUCCUGCCUUACGUCCAUCCGGGGAGCUACGCCUUGCCUCCCGCCGCCGUCCAGAGCCGCCUGCGGCCGUUCCUGCCGGCACAGGGACUCCCCAUCUCCAACGCCGUCUGGAAGAAAAGCCAGGGGCACUCCUCCAACAGCCGCAUCGUGUGGGAGCACACGCGAGGGCGCUACAACUGCCUGCAGUGCUCCUACUCGACGGCGUCGCGGGAGGAGGUCACCCAGCACGUCGAGGACCACCGCAAGAACCCCUCCCCGCCCGGGCGCCUGGACGGAGAAAUGGACUUUGGGGUGGGGCUCCCCUCGUUCCACCCCAGACUGACGCCGGAAGUGGAGAACACCCUCUUCUCCCCACUGUGAGGCUUCCACGGUGCUGACCCCCCCUCGUUUUGUCACCAUCACCAUCUUCAUCCCCCCUUUUAAGGUGCAGUAAGGAUGGUGGGGGGGUCCUGGCUCCUCCCCACCCCCCAAAAAGGGGUAGAGGGUGCAGACACCCCCAGGAGGUCUUUCCUCUUCAACCCCCCACAGAACGCGUGCGCACAAAUGGAUGGUGUUUGAUGGGGAGGGGGUUGAAAUUUAAUUAUUAUUGAUAUUAAUUUAAUCUAGAACUUUUUCCGGUGCAUUCUUCUUCCCUCUUUUUUCUCCCCCCCCCCAAAAAAAGGUUUCUCUUGCUUUAAAGGCAAAAUGCUCAUUUCCCCCUGUUCUCUUGGUGAGGACACCUCCAGCCCCUCCUUCCCUAAAGCCGAUGAUCAGGUUUGCUCAGGUUUGUUAUAACGGGCUAUUUGCUGCUUUUGCAAAAAAAACACAAAAAACCAGAAAUAAAAUGGGAAUUGUACAGAAAA